AUGGCAAUCGAGGAAGAAAGAUUUCAUUAUAUUCGGAAUAAUCAAACAAAACUCAGAGCUGGUCUUUACUCUGGCUUUAUGGAUGCCAUUCUUCGUGGUGAUUCAGAUUGUUCUUUGGUAGGAAAAACAGUUAUCUUACCUUCAUCUCACACCGGAGGACCUUGCUAUCGGGAACAAAAUUAUCAAGAUGCAAUGGCAAUUUGCAGGUGGGCUAGAUAUCCAGAUUUGUUCCUCACUUUCACAUGCAACCCAAAGUGGCCCGAAAUAAAUGAAAUGCUUCGCUUAAUAGAACAAUCUGGUGAAGAUAUCAGGGUGGACAUUAUAUGCAGAGUGUUCCAAAUCAAGUUAUUCCAAUUAAUGCAAGAUCUAAAAAAGCAACAACCUUUUGGAAAAAUAAUUGCAUGUUUAUAUACAAUUGAGUUUCAGAAAAGAGGACUACCUCAUGCACAUAUACUACUCUUCCUGCAUCCUACAUUAAAAAGUCCAUCUAUAGGUCAUAUCAACACAAUGAUAACAGCUGAAAUACCCAAUAUGGAAGUAGACCCGGAUGGUUAUAAAGCUGUAAAGAUUUACAUGAUGCAUGGACCUUGUGGAGACCUCAAUUCAGGAUGCCCAUCUAUGAAGCAAGGAAUAUGCACCAAGCAUUUUCCAAAGAAGUUUAAUAAUCAACAACUUUUGAUGCAGAUGGGUUCCCAAUUUAUAGGAGAAGAAACACAGAACAGGAACUUGAUUGUCAAAUUUGAUUCACAUAUAAAUGUCGAGUUAUGCAAUUACUCGAGAUCAGUGAAGUACCUAUUUAAAUAUGUGAAUAGGGGAUCUGAUAGAGCAACAAUUGGUAUAGAAUGCUCAGAUACUCCCACAGAACAUGAUGAGAUCAAAAGAUAUCUAGAUUGUAUAUACAUAUCAGCUACAGAAGCUUGCUGGAGGAUCUUUUCGUUUGACAUACAUCAUAGACAGCCAACAGUUGAGCGUUUGCCAUUCCAUUUACAAGGAGAAAACACCAUAGUAUUCCAAGAAGAAAGGUGUUCUGAAAGCAUACUAAACAGACCCGAUAUAGUAAAAACAAAAUUCACGGAAUGGUUUGAGGCAAACAAAGAAUAUGAGGAUGCACGAGAGCUAACAUAUUCAAAUUUUCAUACACGUUGGGUCUGGGAUGCAACAUGCAAAAGAUGGACUAGAAGAAAAAAGGGGAAGUCAGUUGGUAGAAUUUACUUCGCACAUCCUGCAAGAGGGGAAUGA